UACAAUCAAACUUCUCAAAAUGAGCGCUGCUGCAUCCCAAAAAGUGGUCCUGAAAAGCACCACCAAAGUGUCUCUCAAUGAGCGGUGAGGCACCAUGCAAAGACCAACUUUGGCUUGUUAAGAAUGUAAUCUCUUCAAGAGGCUGCUGUGUGGGACUGAACCCAACAUGGAUACUGUUCUGACCCUUCCCAGUGUGUGCACUGCUCAUUCAACAUUGUCCGUAUCAGUAUUUUCUAACACAUUGGAUGGAUUUAAUGUCAAAGCCAUACUAGGUAAAAGAGUGCUGCCCGAGCUGACUUACUUGUGUAAGCAGUGCAUACAUGUAGAUAAGGGAAAAGGGUAGCAGUCAUGCAUGCUUCACUAACAUGCUGAAGAACAAGCAGCCUACUGCAGUAAGCAUUCGAGCCACCAUGCAACAGCAGCAUUUGGCUAGUGCCCGCAAUCGCCGGUUGGCCCAGCAGAUGGAGAACCGGCCCUCAGUCCAAGCAGCUCUAAAUCACAAGCAGAGCCUAAAGCAACGCCUGGGUAAGGGUAGCAUCCAAGCCAGACUAGGCCGGCCCAUAGGAGUUCUAAUGCGUGGAGGACCUGCUGGGAGCAGAGGUGGCUUGCGGGGACUGGCCAGAGGAGGAUUUAGAGGAGUCAGAGGAGGAAUCAUGCGAGGGGCUUUGUCCCUGAGGGGAAAGCGAAUUCCUACAGGUGGCCCCAUGCGAGGACGGGGUAUAGCUAGCCGCAUGCCGAUCCGUAGAGGAGGCCGCUACCGUGGAGCACCUGCUGGACGAGGAGGAGUAAUGUCCAGAGGAGCAGGUCGAGGUGGAGUAGCAAGAGGCCGUGGUGGACUUCGUGGACGUGGUGGAUUCGCUGGUAGAGGAGGACGUGGUCGUGGGCGGGGUAGAGGAAGUGGUCGGCCAGCUGUAACCCGUGAACAGCUUGACAACCAACUUGAUGCCUAUAUGUCAAAGACCAAAGGUCACCUGGAUGCAGAGCUGGAUGCUUACAUGGCCCAGGCAGACCCAGACAGCAUGGAGUAAAGGACUGAACAUGAACUGUGUAGUUGAAGUCAGGGCUAUAGUUUAACAGUAGAUGGAACUGCUGACAAAAGAAGCAGUGUCGCCUGACCAAUAUUAAACACUGCUAUAGCUACCUGUUGGAAGAACCCCUUCAUUGUGGAAUAGUCCUGAUGUCUACAGAGCUUGAGUCUUCAUCGGUAGCAUUUUUUUUGGAGUCAAAACUGUGUUUAAAACUUGUAAAACUGGUCCAUGAUCCUGGAGAUGUCCCUCCCUGUGGAAUCCAUUUAUUAUUUCUGAAAUGAUUUUACUGUUUUUUUGCUUAGACCUUUGGAGGAGAUUGGUUGACUUGUCUUAACAACUGUAUUCGGAAAACAUUGUUUAAAUUAUGCAUCAGAAUGUAAGAAAAGAGUUUUAAGACUUUUUUUUUUAUUUUUUUUUUUAUAUCUAUUUGGAAAUUUUGUGGAGCAUUUAUAAUUGUUUUCCCUGCAGUAAAACAUUUGUUUUCAAAUAAAAAACGUCUCUUUAGG